GCGGGGCCGGCGGGGCGCGAUGGCGGAGGGCGGGGACGCGCCCGCCCCGGGCAGCGCAGGUCGCAACCUGAAGGAGUGGCUGCGGGAGCAGUUCUGCGACCACCCGCUGGAGCACUGCGAGGACACCCGGCUGCACGACGCGGCCUUCGUGGGGGACCUGCCCACGCUGCGCAGCCUGCUGCAGGACGAGAGCUUCCAGAGCCGGAUCAACGAGAAGUCGGUGUGGUGCUGCGGCUGGCUGCCCUGCACGCCGCUGCGCAUCGCCGCCACCGCCGGCCACGGGCCCUGCGUCGACUUCCUGCUGCGCAAGGGGGCCCAGAUCGACCUGGUGGACGUCAAGGGGCAGACAGCUCUCUACGUGGCCGUGGUCAACGGGCACCUGGAGUGUGCCAAGAUCCUGCUGAAGGCCGGCGCUGACCCCAACGGGAGCCGGCACCACCGCAGCACCCCGGUGUACCACGCGGCGCGGGUGGGGCGCGCCGACAUCCUGCAGGAGCUCAUCAGGUACGGCGCCGACGUGGACGUGAACCACCAGCCGGCGUCGCGCGGGCCGGGGCAGGCGCUGCGGCCGCUGACCACGCUGGUGGUGUGUCCCCUGUACAUCAGCGCUGCCUACCACAACCUGCCCUGCUUCCGCCUGCUGCUCCAGGCGGGAGCCGACCCCGAUUUCAACUGCUGCGGGCCCAUCAACGUGCAGGGCUUCUCGCGGGGCUCGCCCGUGUGCGUGCUGGACGCCGUGCUGCGGCACGGCUGCGAGCCCGCCUUCGUGCGCCUGCUCGUCGACUUCGGCGCCGAUCUCAACCUCGUCAAGGUGGAGGCCCUGGGGCUCGAGGCCACGGGCAGGGUCAAGGUGAACGCCGAGGCGCUGGAGGUGUUCAAAGAGGCGAGGGGCCGCGCCCGGAGCCUCUUGUCCCUGUGCCGCAUAGCAGUGCGGAGAAUCCUUGGCAAAUCCCGCCUGGAUCUGAUCCACAGCCUUCCCAUCCCUGACCCCAUUAAACAAUUUUUACUCCAUGAAAACAGUUAAGGGGCAGCUGGCUGCUUUUGGGGACAGUGUGACUUGGUAAAUGAGUGCCCUGACAGAGCCAGGUGCCAUUCCUGCCUCUUUUUCCUUCGUGGAGUGCACAUAAUUCCCUGCUCCUGUGGAUUGUUUUUUCUCCUCCAGAUUUAGGGUGCAGUGAUUCAGUGUCUUAUCUCCUUGGGGAGAGGCUGCUAAACGUGUGUGGGUGUUGCUGGAGCAAAUACAAUAUAUCCUGUAGCUGUUGGCAAA